UAACAGGGUGCCGUCACCGGGAGAUCGAGCGUCUGCUUAACACAUGAUGUUCAAGGACUACAGAUCUGCUCGAGCUGUAGGUCUGAAUCCGCUGUCCUUUGACCCUUCCACAAACAACGAACCCCUGCAAUUCAGCAGCUCCAAUGGUCCUCUGGGCUCUGACUGUCCUCUGGAAAACGGAACAGAAAACAGCAAAAAGAGGAAGAGACCCAACCUUCCUCCAGAGGGGCUCAGAAAUAUUGCCAUGGACUCCAACUCUUUAGCCAUGCCCAUGUCGGACCCUAAUGCUUGGGCGACUGCCAUGAACAACCUCGGGAUGGCCCCCAUGAGCAUGACUGGACAACCUAUCAUGUCAGAUUUUGACCCCAGCCUCGGCAUGAUGACUGGAAUUGCUCCGAUGAACCCCAUGAUGCCCGGCCUUGGGAUUGUGCCCCCGCCGGUUUCGCAAGACAUGCCCAUUGUGAAGGAAAUCAUCCACUGCAAGAGCUGCACGCUUUUUCCGCCCAACCCCAACCUGCCUCCCCCUGCCACCAGAGAGAGACCGCCCGGCUGUAAGACGGUGUUUGUGGGCGGUUUACCAGAGAACGCCACAGAGCAGCUCAUUGUGGAGGUGUUCGAACAGUGCGGGAGUAUCAUCGCCAUCCGCAAGAGCAAGAAGAACUUCUGUCACAUCCGCUUCGCUGAGGAGCACACAGUGGACAAGGCCCUCUUCCUGUCAGGUUAUAGGAUCAGGCUGGGAUCAAGCACAGAUAAGAAGGACACAGGCCGGCUGCAUGUAGAUUUCGCUCAGGCUCGAGAUGACCUGUACGAGUGGGAGUGCAGACAGCGCAUGCUGGCCCGGGAAGAGAGGCAUCGGCGCAGGAUAGAAGAGGACCGCCUGCGGCCCCCCUCGCCACCCCCCAUCGUCCAUUUCUCUGAGCACGAAUGCAGCCAGUUAGGAGAAAAGCUCAAAGACGACUCCAAGUUUGCCGAGGCCGUGCGUGUCCUGCUGACCUGGGUGGAACGAGGGGAGGUAAACCGCAGAAACGCCAACAACAUCUAUUCCAUGAUCCAGUCCUCCAACAGCCACAUUCGCCGGCUGAUGAACGAGAAGGCCGCCCAUGAGAAGGAGAUGGAGGAGGCCAAGGAGAAGUUUAAAAACGCCCUUGCUGGGAUUUUAGUACAAUUUGAGCAGAUUGUGUCUGUAUUCCACGCUGCUUCCAAACAAAAGGCAUGGGACCAUUUCUCCAAAGCCCAACGCAAGAACCUGGACAUGUGGCGAAAGCAAGCAGAGGAGAUCAGAAACAUCCACAACGAAGAGCUGAUGGGUAUUCGGAGGGAGGAGGAAAUGGAGAUGUCGGAUGAUGACAUGGAGGACGCCCCGGAAAUCAAGGAUUCGGAUGAUUCAGGGCCGCUGGCUCAGGUGGAGGCUCUGAAAGAAGAGAAUGACAGUCUGCGGUGUCAGCUGGACGCCUACAGGAAUGAGGUGGAGCUUUUGAAGCAGGAGCAGGGUAAAGCGCAGCCCCAGCGCAGCGAGGAGGACGCCACCCGCCAGCAGCAGCUCAGCUUCCUGCAGCAGGCUCUGCAGGGCAUGCAGAAGCAACUGCUCAAGCUUCGCGAGGAUCUGAAACAGAGAGAGACGGAGCUGGAGAAGAACUCGGAGGAAAAACAACAGCUCGAAAGCCAGAUCCAGAGUCUGAAAGAUCGGAUUCAAGCUUUCCCCACAUCACACGCUCUGCCCCUGGAGACGGCCGAGCGGGAGGACAGAGGAGGCGAUGAAAGCACCAAUCACGCCAGCGUAAGUGAGAGACGCCACUCUCCGUCUCUGACUCUCAUCCACAUCACACCUCAUUCCACUUUAAUGUGCCGAAUCAUCUCAACGUUUCUUCACGUCCAUCCUUUUGGAGCCAGCAUUGAAUAUAUCUGCUCCUAUUUACAGCGGCUGGACACCAAGAUCAGCACCACAGAGGUGGAGACUCUUUUGGGUCGGCUGCCCUGCACGUUCAAGCAGGAGUUGACGGGUGUCGGGGCGAGUCUGGAGAAACGCUGGAAGUUCUGUGGGUUUGAGGGCAUUAAGACGGCGUAGAGACACGGGUUUGGGUUCCUGCUAGAAAAACAAAAACAGCCGAUGGACCGGAGGGGUCACAACCAAUCACCUGCCAGCUCUCCGCGCCCAUCCGGCCUCCCCAUGAGAUUCUAAUCUCAGAAACACUCCAGACCUGGAGAUCCUCAAGACUUUGGUGUGUGUGCGUGUGUGUAGUAUGUUUUAGUAUGUGAACACACGAGUGUGUGUGUGUGUGUGAACGGACCGUGCACUUGUACCACACAACGGAAAUCUCAUCGGG